AUGAAUCAAGAAAAUUCGGAUGAAUAAAAAAAAAGAAAUUAAAAUAGCUCAUCCACAAUAAUCAAUGGGUAUGAGAUAUUUGAAAUAUUAGGGAAAGGAUCAUUUGGAUAGGUAUUUAAAGCUAAGAAAAAUGGAAAAAUAUAUGCUUUAAAGCUCCUUGAUCUUCACAUGAUCAAGCAAAGAAACAUAGAGAGGUUUGUUUCAAAUGAAAUAAACUUGAUGAAAAAAAUGAACCAUAAAAAUAUAGUAAAAAUAUAUGAGACCUUUUAAACAACAAGUGUCAUAUUUUUAGUAUUAGAAUACUGCAAUCAGGGAACAUUACUAAGCUAUAUUUCUAAAAAAAAGCCAAAAGUAGAAGAGUGUGUUGAUUUAUUUAUAUAAAUUUUAGCAGGAGUAAAGCAUAUUCACGAAAAGGGCAUAUUGCAUAGGGAUCUUAAGCCUGAAAAUAUGUUUCUUCAUGACGGAGUUCUAAAAAUUGCUGAUUUUGGAUUAGCUUAAUUUGAAUAAGAUGAUUUCGUCUACUGUGGGACAAGCUUUUAUAUGGCCCCUGAAGUACUUGAAAGAAGAUAGGUAACUUAUAAAAGCGAUUUAUGGAGCUUGGGUAUUGUGCUUUUUUAUAUGAUUUUUCGUAGACUUCCUUUCUAUAGCAAAUAAAAUCUUCUUAAGAUAAUUAAAGAACACACAGACCCUUAUUUUAAUAUACGUAGAUAUUUUAAAGGGAAUGAUGCAUAUUUAAACAUGAUUGAUUUGGAGCUAGAUGAUUUUUUUUAAAAAGUUUUAGUUUUUGAUAUUAAUAAAAGAAUCUAGUUUAAAGAAUUAUUCAAUCUCUCAUUGAUUGAAAAGCAAAUGAAAGAAGAAGAUUAAAAAGUUUCUUUUAUUUUUUAUAGUAAUUUGGAUAACAACAUAGUAGAUAAAGGAAUAAAUGUCAGCCUAUAAGAUGAUAUUGAUCAUGCCCAUUCUGAUUAAAGAAAAUUGUUCUAAGAUUAAUCAAAUUAAGUUGGCUAAAAAUAAAUCACCGAUUAGAAGCCUAUUAGUAACAAUGGUUCAAAUAAUAAACUUGAAACAAGAAGCUCAUAAUUAAAUCCAAAUUUCUAAAUUUAGAUAUCCUAUUCUUCUAUUUAUGAAGAUAUACCUGAAGAUGAUUCCCCUAACAUUUAGAGUAUUUAUCCUAUUAAUAAUUUAACUCAUUUUGAUAAAAAGAAAUAGGAAGAUCUAGUAAAACAGGUUUCUAAAAACCUAGAUCCAAAUAAAAUUUAUAUCUAACCUAAUAAUUUUAGUUAAUCAAGAUAAAGUAUUUCAUUUUUAGAGCAUCUAAAUCCUAAAAGAUUUUCUUACGAAGAUGUUUUAACCCCAAAUAUUUUAUCUGAUUUUGAAGUCAUUUAGCCUGUGACCUCUCCUAUAACACUUUCUGUUACAAAAAAUGAACUUGAUCCAAGCAACUAAGAUAUAAUUUAGCUAUGCAGUUAGAUUAAAUCAUCUAUUUUGCAUUUAUUCUCUUUUGAUUUUCAAAAAGAUUUUUCAUUCGAAGUUAAUCAAUUGAAAGUGACAGUUUAUAAAUAUUCACUGCUAGGUGAAAUUUUAAAUAAAUUGGCUGAAUUUAGACUUGGAUACAGCACUCAGUGUUUGUUAAAUUUUAUACUAAGUAAACUGAUAGUUUUUAUUAUAAAUAGUGCUAUACAAUAUUUUGAUAAAAUUAGUCUAGAUUUCUAAAAAUAAGAAAACUCUAAAAAAAUAUAAUCUAUGUUACUUAAUGAUUUGAAAAGUUGGGAAAAUAAACUUUUAGUCUAUCGUAAUGGAAUAGAUUUAGAAAAUGAUAUAAAAUAGCAGGCUCUAAGAGAUAUGAUAUCUGACGAAAGCAAGCAAUUCGCAAGCUUAAAAGAUUUAAUUUAACCUUUUUGUAUAAUCUUAGAGUUAUUAUUUAGCAUUUCAUUUUAAUUAUCAGAAUAGAACACAGAUACUGAAAAAAAUAGGUUUAGACGUUAUUGUAUAUACUUGCUUUUAGUUAUUAAUAUUUAGUAUAUUUUUGAUAGCCCUGUUUAAGAAAAAAUGUUAUUAGAAGAAUAUUUUGAAACUAACAGCGAGUUACACCCAAUAAAUUUUUUAAAAUAUAUUGAUAGUAUAGAUAAUUCGACCAAAAUAGAUCUUCUUUUGUCAAAACUUAUAAAAUUCUGCCCAAUGCAGAUAUCUAAUAUUAAAAUGAUUGAUUUUUUUACAGAUAAGAAGUAUUAUUGA